GAUUAAAUGAAAUAAAAUGUUGGAAUACGCAUGGCUGUUUCUUUUGACAUUACUGGUCAUGUUGAUAGUUAAAUACUUAGGAAAACACCGGAACUAUCCCCCGGGUCCGUUCGCCUUGCCGGUGGUGGGAAAUGUACGGAUGUUUCAGAAGGAUCCGCAGGGAUACAAGAAGUUUACUGCUCUCGCCCACACUUAUGGGAACGUGUACAGGUUGUACUGCGGUUCGACGAUGAUAGUUAUGCUAAACGGAUACGACGCUAUCCACGAGGCGUUCACGCGCCAGGCAGACGUGUUCACGGACAGACCACAAUUAUUUGCGCCCCUUAUUGGCGUUUCCAAGGGAACCGGGUUGACGUACAACAGCGGGGACGCAUGGAAGACACUGCGCAGAUUCACGUUACAAGCUCUCAGAGAUUUUGGUGUGGGAAGGAUGACCCUGGAAGAACGAAUUCGGGAGGAGAUCGAGGUUCUAUCGAACAUAAUGAAAGAGGCGAAUGGUAAUCCCAUCCGUGUGAAACCGUACCUUCUAUCAGCGGCGACUAAUAUCAUAUGCAGCGUCAUGUUUGGAGCGAGGUUUGACUACAACGAUCAAAGGUUCAUUGAGCUGACAGAAGUUCUAGAUGGCAUCUUUAAACUGAAUGCACCUUUUGCCAAGGAAAACUUCUUCCCGUUCACCAGAACAUGGAAGUCGGGGAGAGAACUGAUAUCAAAGAGGACAGCGGCGAUAGAACGUGUGAAGAGGUACCUCUCGGAGACGAUUGGAGACCACAAGGCAUCGUUUGACAAAGACAACAUUAGAGACUUCAUAGACCUUUACCUUAAGGCAUCGCGUGAAGAUUCUGAGCAACAACUGUUUACAGAGGCGAACGUGUACAAGAUCAUAGUGGACCUCUUCUUGGCGGGUGGUGAGACGACGGGAACCAGUUUGGACUGGGCCCUGCUCUACAUGGUAGUACAUCCACGCGUCCAGGAACGCUGCUUCGAGGAGAUCAGCAUGGUUGUUGGUACUGGCAGACCGGUUUGUGUCGCAGACAAGAAUGCUCUCCCGUAUACACAGGCCACUUUGUUGGAGAUCCAAAGAAUUGCAAACACUUUAACCUUUUCUCUUCCACACGUUGCGAACUCAGACUCCACCUUGUUUGGUUACACGAUUCCAAAGGGUUCCAUAGUAAUUGCCAAUUUGUACUCUGCACAUCAAGACCCAAAAUAUUGGCCUGAUCCGGAUUCAUUUAGACCGGAGAGGUUUCUGAAUAGUGAUGGAAAAGUCGCACGAAAAGACGGAAUGGUCCCCUUUGGAAAUGGGCCUCGACUGUGUAUUGGUGAACCGCUUGCAAGAAUGGAACUGUUUCUGAUAUUCACCAACCUGCUUCAGUCUUUCCGAUUUUGUCCUUCACCAGAUACAGAGUAUACCCUUGAAGGAACCCAAGCUUUAACAUUCACCGCAUUGCCCUAUGACAUUGUUGUUAAAUCGCGGUGAGAGGAGCGGAUCACCACCAAAACUAUGUAUCACAGCAGUGUUGGAUGUGGUGAAUUUCCAAUGUUCAAAAAUGUAUAUUAUGCAAUGAUUAUAUGCAGACUUUUAAUAAACUUCCAUACUGAAUGAG